GUCUUCGGCUUCAGGAGAUGACGACAGUCUGGACUUUGAUCGCUUCUCUUCGUGCUCCCCUUCUGCAACCAGCAGCGUAUCGGCAAUGUGUGGCUGAGCUAAGAACGCUUCGAAUCGUUCCUCAAAAUCAUCGUCGUCAUGCACGUUCGGCCAUGGCAGCAUCGCAGCUCUUUCGUCGCUGAAGAACACCAGCACAUCCUCUUUAGCCUCACGAGCAAGAGAGACGGCCGAUAUGGCUGCCAGCAAGAGCAGAGAGCAUCGUCUGAAGGCCAUCUACUUGCUGCGUAAAGACGGUGGGGUCACGCAUUCGGCUGACUCCUGACAAACCCCUCUCUGCGUAUCGUCAAGCAACAGCUGGUUGCGCCACAAUUCAUCAGCAUGACAGCUGUAGACAUGUUCAGUCUUGCGCUUUACACAACGCUCCUCGCUAUACUUCCCCUCCUUGCUUGCACUCCUCUUCCUCACGGAGCCCAGUGGCCGGCUGAUGACAUCCUACUCCAAUGGCCAUCAGAGGCUCGCAAUCUCAGCCGACAAUCUUUGGACAUGAUCCAGACCGAAAGCUUUACAGGCCUAUCGUGGCAGACCACUCUUGUGUUGCACAGUACAGAAGACUGCGGCGAGCAAGGCACGUUUGACGUUGAUGCAGUCAGAGUGGGCAUGAAGAUAUCCGCGCCUGCCUGGCAUGGCAUUCCGAUCGGCUUCCCAAAGAUCGAACUGGAUGGAGGCGACACCCGGGCCGUUGUGUUGGGCAUACAGUACAGGUUUCCGUUCUACGCCACAGUGUCUUUCACUGUCAAAGGUCUCGCACAUCUGAAAGACCCGACAGACAAGACCGACAAUGCUGCCAAGUGUCAUGAUCAUUGCGCAGUCUAUUCAAACUUUCAGAUCGAGGCGCAUGUCGGACAGGAAUGGUUUGCAUUGAUCGGUCACUCCACUCAUCUGUACUGUAUAGCCUCGAGGAGCGGCUGUGACCCUGGACAGCGUGACAAUCCACCCUUUGGCUCGACGUGCAACACGAAGGAGUGGUACAUCACGACAGCCUGAGCUUAUCUCGAAACCCGCUGCGCGAAAUUUGCUGUCUUUGC